AUGUUCACGGUCGGCUCUAGGGUAGCGGACAGCGAAUCCUACAAAGCGCCAAAUGUGUCGGUCGAACAGGAACGGAAGAAAAGACUGAUGGACCUGAAGAAGCUAGCAGUUCGUCACGGAGACCUGGCAAAUACUCUGAAAACGGGGCUCAUGAGACGUACCCUCAAAUUUUAUGAGCAUAACAACAAUCCAGUCAUACUGGCCUUAUCAGAUAGCCAACGCCUAAAUGACCACAUAAAGGAGUUCUUCAACGAGACUAAAGUAGAGCGGACAGGGGAUGGCUUCUCGAGCAGUGGACUGACGUGGUACUGGGCCUCCUGCGUCGCCAUCUGGGCCCUCUUCGCAAUCGUCGGCUCCUUCGUCAGUGCCUACUCCUGUUCACGCUUCGGAAGCAAGAACACCAUGCUGCUCAACAACGUCCUCCUCCUCAUCGGAGCUCUGCUGCAGUCUCUGUGCAAACCAGCCAAGUCCUAUGAGAUGUUCUUCAUCGGUCGACUUGUGAUCGGAGUGAACAACGGGAUCUGCACAUCUGCAGGUCCAAUCUAUCUCAACGAGAUUGCCCCCACCGCCAUCAGAGGAGCUGUGGGUGUCAUCUUCCAGCUCAACGUCGUCUCUGGCAUCCUGGUUGCUCAGAUUCUGGGCUUCGAUGCUCUUCUUGGAAGCGCAACUCUGUGGCCGUAUUUAAUAGGCAUGAACUUAGUAGUGGGCUCAGUCCAACUGUUGACUUUGCCAUUUUGCCCAGACAGUCCCAAGUUUCUGCUGGUGAUCAAAGGGAGCAGAGAACGUGCGAGUAAGGCGUUGAGGCGUCUGAGAGGAGCGGAGGCUGACAUCGACAAGGAGAUGGAAGAGAUGAUUGAAGAGGACAGAAAAGAGAAAGAAGAGCCGCCAGUGGGCUAUAUGAACUUAUUGACCGUCGGGUAUCUUCGUCGUCCUCUUAUCAUAGCCUGUGUUUUGGCAAUGUCACAACAACUCUCCGGAAUCAACGCAGUCUUCUACUAUUCCUCGCCUAUCUUCAGAGCAUCUCUGCCCUCCCACCUCCUCCGCGAUGACCCCGACUUCCCCAAGUACAUGGUGUCUGUGGCGGGUGCUAUCAACCUCAUUUUCACCGUAGUUGCGGUCUUCACUAUCGAACCCCUCGGCCGGAGAAAGUCGCAUAUAAUUGGUCUGUCUGGGAUGGCUGUGUGCGCACUAGUAGUUGCCAUACUCUUGAGUGGGCUGGAAGUGAAUGAUGACCAGACAUGCAGAGGCGUAACUCCGACCGAUGCCACCAACUAUGUCUCAAUCACUCUGCUUCUUCUCUCAGUCGCUUUCUUCUCCAUCGGUCCCGGCCCUAUUCCCUGGGUCAUCACAGCCGAAAUGUUCACUUCCAGACCAAGGCCAAAAGCCAUAUCCAUUGCAAACACUGUCAACUGGUUGUGUAACUUUGCAAUAGCUCUCGGAUUUGAGCCCCUAAUCAAUGCAAUUUGUGGUUGGGUGUUCAUCAUUUUUGCGAUUUUGCUGAUAAUUUUUAUCUUCUAUUUGGCAAUUAAGGUUCCGAAAACGGCUGGGCUAUCCGUUCAGGAUGUUGUGGCCACGUUCAAACUAGCGCAAGGCAUGCGGAAGAAUACUGAAGACGAAGAACAGAAGAAAGAAGAAGACGAUAAAAGGGAAACUACAUUUUAA